CCGAGAGUGGGUGUUGGCCAUCGAUGGCUUGGAUUGCGUCAGGGUAGCGUAAAAGUGAGAGCGGCAACAUUAAAAAUUCCCAACUCCGAUAAAAGAGGGGAGAGAGUUUCUUAUUAAAACUCUCACUCCGCCUCAACGUGAGCGCCUGGAUCGGGGCGCUCUUCUUCUUCCAUUUUGCUUCCCCUGUAUGUCUCUCGCCCUCCUCCUUCCUUCUUAACCACCAUUCUCUCUCUCUCUCUCUAGUCGGCCGAAUCUCUCUCCACCGGCUUCCAGAGGCUUUUAGCUUGUAUAUAGGUAUGUGUAGUGGGUAGGAUGAGCUUCAGUCUAGGGAAAAACAAGGGUAACCAUGUGGAAUUGUAAAAGAUGUGGAGCAGAAAGAAUAAUGCGUUGGAGCUUUUAAAUUUAGUUUCAACAUAGAUUAUUUUGAUGGCCAAAACUAAUAAGAUGCGACGUAUCUCUCACCCCAAUCAUUCAAAGGCGCAAUAUCUUUUACCAUCCAGUACAUGCAAGGUUCGCAAAGAUGUCCAUCAAAAGAAGAGAUGUCGCAAAGCAUCGGAGAAGAAAGACUGGGAAGAUGCAACCUGUUCAGUUUGUAUGGAGUUUCCCCACAAUGCUGUUCUCCUACUCUGCUCAUCUUAUAAUAAGGGGUGUCGCCCAUAUAUGUGUUCCACUGGUCGUCGUUAUUCUAAUUGCCUUGAACAGUAUAAGAAAGCAUACACAAAAGCAGCUUCUAUUCAAACUUCUCAACAAUGGGACAGGUUAAUGGACAAUUUAGGUUCCAAUUCAGGUGCAGGGCAGGCGAAUGAAAAUAAGGAAAUACCAGAGCUCUUAUGCCCACUUUGUCGGGGACAGGUGAAGGGCUGGACUGUGGUGGAACCAGCACGGAAAUAUCUUAAUGCCAAGAAGAGAACCUGUAUGCAGGAUAACUGCUCUUUUCUUGGUUCUUAUAAAGAGCUCAGGAGGCAUGUAAAAGCAAAGCACCCAUUGGCACGGCCACGAGCGGUGGACCCUAUACUUGAAGAGAAAUGGAAGAGGCUUGAGUGUGAGAGGGAGCGAAAUGAUGUGAUCAGCACAAUAUAUUCGUCAACACCAGGUGCCGUGGUGCUGGGUGACUACGUCCUUGAGCCAAAUCAAAAUGACUUUUCAAGUGAUUAUGAUUCUGAUCUGGAUGAUUACUUGGACAAUUUCCGAUUGGGUUCGUUUAGUUUUCCACAGAGUGGUGGUAUAUUCGCUCGCAGUAGGUUUCACAGGGACUAUGACUCUUUGGAUGAGGAUGAUUUUGGCAUGGGGCAUGCUGCAGCCUCUGCUGCUGCUGUAUCUGGACGUGGUUUCCGCAGAGCCAGUGUAUUGGUAUCAAGGAGGCGCAGGAGACAUAGACGGGGAAAUGGCAAUCGGUAAAUUGAGGCAUUUUAUGUAUGCAAAGUAGGGGAGCAUUGCUUCUGCUUCUUCAGAAUUGGGCUUUUUAUUACAUUGACCCACAAUUGCCGUCUGGUAACGUGUCUUGCUAGUUGUUUGGUUGAGCAUUAUUGUAAUUUAAACUGUAGAAGCGAGCAGCUGACCCUACUUAGAGCUGUUCUUCUGUAGACUAAUGUGGUACAUUCUUGUUGGUGAUAGUAACUGAUUUUAGAUUGUAGAAAAAACAUAUGCUAGGUGUAGCUUGGACUUUUGAGGAGAUUUGAAGGGAUUUAGUGGUAUAGAUCCGGGUAGGUAUAUGGAUUAGUUCUCUUUAGGUUUAUACUUGGUGCUUGUUUGAACAGGUAGGAAGAAUUAUUUUUCAUGGAAAUUUAAAAUUGUUGGACUUAUUUCGUCCUUGAUUCAUUUGGCACAAUUUAAGUUUGUUGCAGCUCCUAAUAAGAUUUGUAUAAUAUAUACGUAUAUUUAUUAUUA